CAAAUCUCCCAACCAUUUGCAGUUGAGCCUGAUUCUCUCUGUGCUCUGGAUUUCCUUGAGGUGCGGGAUGGAGCAUUUGGUUUCUCCCCUCUCAUUGGUCGGUUCUGCUCCCGUCUCCCGCCUCCUGAAAAUGAGGAAAUUAGGUCAACCAGUCGCUACCUCUGGCUCCGAUUUCGAAGUGAUAACACCCUACCACAUGACGGGUUCAGGGCGAUAUUUCACUUUCAGAAAAUUGGUAAGUUUAGUUUAUCGUUAAAAGUAAGUCAGAUUCCUAUAUUUUGGCAUUUACCAGGUCGGCAUAAUGUCAUUCACCUAAGUGAAGAUGAACAGUGGACGAUGCGGAGUGAAUUCUUGACUAAACAACUAAACCACGUCAGUACAGAAGAGCGGCAGCUUCCCUUAGAGGCUGUCUUCGACAUACGGUCUCCCCCAGAAACGCAUGUAAGUUAUUCCUCAGCCAGUAAAAUCAGAUCGAAGAGAUUGUAA